AUGGAAAUUGAGCACAAAGCCUAUUGGGCAGUAAAGCGGUGCAACAUGGAUUUGACCCAAGCUGGAGUUGCCAGGAAAUUGCAGCUAGAGGAGCUCGAGUGUUUGAGGAACGAAGUGUAUGAGAAUGCCCGGAUUUACAAAGAAAAGACUAAAGCAUUCCAUGACCAUCACAUCCGGAAGAAGGAGUUCCAAGAAGGUGAUGAGGUUCUCCUCUACAAUUCGAGGCUUCGUUUCAUGCCUGGCAAGCUCCGCUCUAGAUGGGAAAGACCUUUCAAGGUGAAGGAGAUAAAGCCCUAUGGAGUGGUGGAGUUGUUUGAUCCUAAAAGUGAAGCAAGCUUCAAGGUGAAUAGAUAUAGAGUGAAGAAGUACCAUGGCUACAAGCUCCCAAAAGAGCUAGAGGUGUUCCUAUUGGCGGAUGCACCUAGAGAAGGAGAAGCUUGA